AGUACUAACAUGGUUGAUUGAGGCAGCAUCAGGAAAAGAUGGUUCUCUCCUAGAUGAUCUGAAGCAUUUGUUGUACCAUCCAAACCCAGUAACUACAUGGAUUACUGCAAGAUAACAGGCUUCCGUACAGCACCUAUAAACCUGUUCAAACUCCAGCAUGAGUUGUGGUUUUGAUGGCAACGGGAUUAUUUCAAGGGACAAACCUCAUCUUUAAUGUAAGAGUUAGCAGGAGUAUGGCCAUAAAUAUCAAUCUUAUAUUGCCUUUUGGAAGGUUACUGCAUUUCUGUGAUAAAAGGAUUAAACAGAGCACAGAGAAGCACAGGCUGUCUCUAUGUCUUUUCCAGCAAACACUACCUAUAUUCUGAGUUAUUCUAUCUGUCACUAAGAUACACUGUGAGCUUUGUGGUGAAUUAGUCUAUUCUAUGCUUACCUGUACUGCUGAGAAACCUAUUUCAGGUUUUCCUUUGAUUUCUUUCUUAAGAGUAUACUGACAGAUCUUAACAACCAUUUGCAACCGAUGCAAACCCUAACGCUGCAGUCAUCACAACAUGUACUUGCCAGAUACUCCCAACAGAAACCAUCCUUUCAGCUAAAAUCUUUAAAGAAACUCCACUUUCCUCCUUUCCUCCUCCCUCUCUGCUCCACCAGCUGAAAAGCCAAUAACAAAAUUCUCCACCUCCUACACAGUUCAGAACAAGAUCCGUGUGCAUUUCUCCGAGGCAUGUUUUGAAAACCAGAAGGGGAUGAAAGUAGUUAAUGUUCAAUGGGAAUCUUGAUUUCAGCCGCAAAUCUGUAUCUUUCUCUUGCUGAUAUGCUGGAAGCUAAAUGUUAAUGGGAUCGAUUUAAGUCCAGCCUGGGGAGGAGAAGCAGUUGAAGAGAUGUCUCAACUACACUCGCCUUCAACUAAUGAGACUUUGCGUGCGUCUACAUACGGUACAGAGCUAAAAUCAAUCCCCGAUAAUGAAACCACAACUGAAGAAUGGACCGAAGACUCCUUCCCAGGACUGGAAAUACUGUGCAUCAUUUAUAUUACAUACUCGGUGAUCAUUUCCGUGGGGCUCCUUGGAAACGCUAUACUCAUCAAAGUCUUUUUCAAGAUUAAAUCCAUGCAGACAGUUCCAAACAUCUUCAUCACGAGCCUGGCGUUUGGAGACCUCCUGCUUUUAUUGACUUGUGUGCCUAUAGAUGCCACCCGGUACAUCGUGGAUACCUGGCUCUUUGGAAGGAUUGGGUGCAAGCUGCUGUCUUUCAUCCAGUUAACCUCAGUUGGAGUCUCAGUGUUUACCCUGACUGUUCUCAGUGCUGACAGGUACAGAGCCAUCGUUAAGCCCUUGGAACUGCAGACUUCAGAUGCGCUCCUGAAGACCUGCUGUAAAGCAGGCUGCGUUUGGAUCGUCUCCAUGAUAUUCGCUAUCCCAGAGGCUGUCUUCUCCGACUUGUAUUCUUUCAGCAACCCUGAGAAGAAUGUAACUUUUGAGGCAUGUGCCCCCUAUCCUGUGACUGAGAAGAUCCUGCAGGAGGCUCACUCCCUGGUUUGCUUCUUAGUGUUUUAUAUUAUACCCUUAGCUGUCAUUUCAGUCUACUAUUUUCUUAUCGCCAGAACUUUAUAUAAAAGCACGUCCAACAUGCCAGCAGAAGAACACGGUCAUGCCCGUAAGCAGAUUGAAUCCCGCAAGAGAGUUGCAAAAACAGUGCUGGUGCUUGUUGCUUUGUUUGCCUUCUGCUGGUUGCCCAACCACAUCCUCUACCUAUACCGCUCCUUCACAUACCAUGCUUCUGUCGAUGCUUCCACCUUCCAUCUGAUAGCUACUAUUUUUUCCCGUGCCUUGGCCUUCAGCAAUUCCUGCAUCAAUCCUUUUGCUCUUUAUUGGCUGAGUAAAAGUUUCAGGCAACACUUUAAAAAGCAAGUCUCGUGCUGUAAGGCAAAGCUUCGUUCAAAGCCUCCCAGUGGUACCCACAGCAACACGCCGACCAGAGCCCCGUCCAUCACAGGCAGCACGUGUGGCUCAGAAAUCAGUGUCACAUUGCUAACGGAUUACAGCAUCACAAAAGAAGAGGAAAGUGUUUAGUCCAUCUGGGAUGAAGAAGGAUAGAAACCAAGCUUUGCAAUCAAGCCCCCACUACUGGCAUCCUGGAAAGAGGUGCCUGGCUAUGGUGGAGUUUUCAUCAGGAGUUGGGGUUUUUAAAUGUACAAUAAAGAAACCAAACUGUGUGGGAGAAGAAGAUGCAACAGCUGAACUUCCCAGCAUAAGCUCAAAGGGAUUGUUCAUGUUCCCAAGCAUGACCAUGGAUCCCUGGCUGGAAUUCCUGGACUGGGCAGGACAGGAGUCAUCAGAGUUGGUGCAAGAAUCGUUUGUGAGAAUGGUUUUGUUAUUGGUGACUUGUUUUUUGACCUGUGACUGAGACCUCCCUCUGUCAAGUACUUGCAUCCACAGCAAGCAAGCAAACCCACCUAUGGUCCUAACC